AUGUCUGCAAUAUCCAGCAAUCAAUUCGGUCUAAAAUCAGUUGUUGUGUCAGAAGACAUUGAUGCUGUGCAAAGACUGAUAAUGCAUGAGAAUGAUUUGUUCUUGAUGUAUCCCCCCAACCCUAAUCAUUUGACAAAAUCUCAAAAAGAUGCUUGUCUCGAUUGGUGCACAAAAACGCUUAAGAACAAGAAAAACAAUGGCGGUGCUUUAAAAGACGUAUAUAAGAUUAUAAUAGGUGAUGAAUCAUCGAUAUAUGCGUAUGAGCCGCCACUUAAACAUGAGUCGAUUGCAUGGAUGCUUCAAGAUAAACCAAAUCCAAUAAAAGUUGUUCGCGCUCGAAUUACACCCAGCCAUGGUCCUAAAAUAACGGGCGGUCAGCCACGAUAUCAAAUUGGUGACAUUGUUAAACUCAACUGCACCUCAGCACCAUCGAAACCAGUUUGUCAUCUCAGUUGGCUCAUCAAUGGAGAACCAGCCAACCGCUCAUACCUAAAACAAUUCGAAAAAGUUAGCCGUGAUGGUUUGGAAAUGGCGCGUUUGGGAUUAGAAUUUCGAGUGAGAAGCUAUCAUUUCAAGCACGGCGAUAUGAAAUUAAAGUGUGUCGCUAAGAUCUCAUCAUUAUACUGGCAAAGUAAUGAGGAAAGUGUCGAAAGUGACCGUCAACAACGUGCGCCAGCUCUCGAAUCACGUGAAACGGUGGCUGCCAAAUCUCAAACUCAUGGUUCAGCUACUGGAAGUUCAUAUAAUCUAAAUAGUUCUAAACUUCUACUCGCAAUAGCUGUACUCACCUAUGGCAUCUUAACAUAUAGCAGUUCGUUGUUUUGCUCUAGACUGAGAUAACUAUUUCAUGGAUAAGCGAAUGAAGCUUCUUAACAAUUUUGAACUGAACUUUUUAAAAGCGCAGAAAGAAAUUAACUAUGAAUCAACAGAAUAUUAACAAUAAGAACAGCAAAAGAAGCCACAGAUAAAGUAAUAAAGAAAAACAUAGGUCUAAACCCAAAACUUCUAACAUUAAAUCAUAAAACGCGAUAAAUUCAAUUUAUAAUUACUUAAGGAAUUAUUAAUAAGUAAGCUCUGUAAGAGAGGAAACAUAUCCUACGCCAAAAAAAAACUCAAAUUCUGCAAUAUACAAGAAUGCACAAAACCAACAUUUUGUAUAUAAA